AUGGCUAGACAAUUCUUCGUCGGUGGUAACUUCAAGCUAAACGGUUCCAAGGCUUCCAUUAAGGAAAUCGUUGACAGAUUAAACGCUGCUUCUCUAUCUAAGAACACUGAAGUUGUUAUCUGUCCACCAGCUGUCUACUUAGACUACGCUACCUCUCUAGUCACUGCCCCAACUGUCUCUGUCGGUGCUCAAAACUCUUACACUAAGGCUUCUGGUGCUUUCACUGGUGAAAACUCCGUUGACAUGAUCAAGGACGUUAACGCUAAGUGGGUUAUUCUAGGUCACUCUGAAAGAAGAACUUACUUCCACGAAGAUGACAAGAUUGUCGCUGACAAGACUAAGUUCGCUUUAGACUCUGGUCUAGGUGUUAUUCUAUGUAUCGGUGAAACUCUAGAAGAAAAGAAGGCCGGUAUCACUCUAGAUGUUGUUAAGAGACAACUAGAUGCUGUCAUUGCUGAAGUUAAGGACUGGACUAACGUCGUCAUUGCUUACGAACCAGUCUGGGCUAUCGGUACUGGUCUAGCUGCCACUCCAGAAGAUGCUCAAGAAAUUCACGCUUCUAUCAGAGAAUACUUAGUUGCUAAGCUAGGUGGUGAUGUUGCCGCUGCUACCAGAAUCCUAUACGGUGGUUCCGCUAACGGUGCUAACGCUGUCACUUUCAAGGACAAGGCUGAUGUCGAUGGUUUCCUAGUCGGUGGUGCUUCUCUAAAGCCAGAAUUUGUUGACAUUAUCAACUCCAGAGAUUAA